AGCGUGGAAGGCGUUUUAGGUCAGCAAAGGAGGCAGAAGACAAAAUAAAAAAGGCAAUAGAAAAAGGAGAAACUCUUCCUACAGAGGCCAGAUUUGAUUCCAACUGUAUUACACCAGACUCCUGGAGAAGGAGAGCAUAAAAUCAUGGAAUUUAUCAGAUCGGAGAAAGCAAAACCAGAUCAUGAUCCAAACACCAGACACUGUCUUUAUGGUUUAGAUGCUGACUUGGGUAUGCGCACCAGAAGAAACCACAUUUCACCUUCUACACUUGUCUUUGAUGAGAGAGUAUAUUGACUAUGAGUUUUCAGUGUUAAAAUUUGAUCGGGAGCACUUCAGUGAAGUUUUUGUAGACCUAAAGUGGUUUGAAAGCAAAGUUGGUAACAAGUACCUCAAUGAAGCAGCAGGUGUGGCGGCAGAAGAAGCCAAGAACUACAAGGAAAAGAAAAAAUCAAAGGGCCAGGAAAACUCCAUCUGUUGGGCUGGUUUAGAUAAAAAUAGAGAAGCAGUAACUUCUAAGGAUAAUUUAGAAGAUGAAACUGAAGAUGAUGACUUAUUUGAAACUGAGUUUAGACAAUAUAAAAGAACAUACUACAUGACGAAGAUGGGAGUUGACAUAGUAUCUGAUGACUUUCUGGCUGAUCAAGCUGCAUGUUAUAUUCAGGCAAUACAGUGGAUUUUACACUAUUACUAUCAUGGAGUUCAGUCCUGGAGCUGGUAUUAUCCUUAUCAUUAUGCACCUUUCUUAUCUGAUAUCCGCAACAUCAGUACACUCAAAAUCUAUUUUGAACUAGGAAAACCUUUCAAGCCAUUUGAACAGCUUCUUGCUGUACUUCCAGCAGCUAGCAAAAAUUUACUUCCUACAUGCUACCAGCAUUUGAUGACCAGUGAGGAUUCACCAAUUAUAGAAUAUUAUCCACCUGAUUUUAAAACUGACCUAAAUGGGAAACAACAGGAAUGGGAAGCUGUGGUACUAAUACCUUUUAUUGAUGAGAAGCGAUUGUUGGAAGCCAUGGAGACAUGUAACCACUCCCUCAAAAAAGAAGAGAGGAGGAGAAACCAACAUAGUGAGUGCUUAAUGUGCUGGUAUGAUAGGGACACAGAGUUUACCUACCCUUCUCCAUGGCCAGAGAAGUUCCCUGCUAUAGAACGAUGUUGUACAAGGUAUAAAAUAAUAUCAUUAGAUGCUUGGCGUGUAGACAUAAGCAAGAACAAAAUAACCAGGGUUGACCAGAAGGCAUUAUAUUUCUGUGGAUUUCCUACUCUGAAACACAUCAAACACAAAUUUUUUUUGAAGAAAAGCGGAGUUCAAGUAUUCCAGCAAAGCAGUCGUGGAGAAAAUAUGAUGUUGGAAAUCUUAGUGAAUGCAGAAUCAGAUGAACUUAGUAUAGAAAAUGUAGCUUCAUCAGUGCUUGGAAAGUCUGUCUUUGUUAAUUGGCCUCAUCUUGAAGAAGCUAGAGUUGUUGGUGUAUCAGAUGGAGAAACCAAGUUUUACUUGGAAGAACCUCCAGGCACACAGAAGCUUUAUCUGGGAAGAACUGCUCCACCAUCUAAAGUGGUUCAUCUUGGAGACAAAGAACAAUCUAACUGGACAAAAGAAGUACAAGGAAUUUCAGAAUAUUACCUGAGAAGAAAAGGAAUAAUAAUAAAUGAAACUUCUGUAGUUGUAUAUGCUCAAUUACUCACAGGUCAUAAAUAUCAAAUAAAUCAAAAUGGUGAGGUUCGUCUAGAGAAACAAUGGUCAAAACAAGUUCUUCCUUUUGUUUAUCAAACUAUUGUAAAGGACAUCCGAGCUUUUGAUUCCCGUUUCUCCAAUAUCAAAACAUUGGAUGACUUGUUUCCUCCUAGAAGUAUGGUGUUUAUGCUGGGAACCCCUUAUUAUGGCUGUACUGGAGAAGUUCAGGAUUCAGGGGACGUGAUCACAGAAGGUAGGAUUCGUGUGGUGUUCAGCAUUCCAUGUGAACCCAAUCUUGAUGCUUUAAUACAGAACCAGCAUAAAUAUUCUAUAAAGUACAACCCAGGAUAUGUGUUGGCCAGUCGCCUUGGAGUGAGUGGAUACCUUGUUUCAAGGUUUACAGGAAGUAUUUUUAUUGGAAGAGGAUCUAGGAGAAACCCUCAUGGAGACCAUAAAGCAAAUGUGGGUUUGAAUCUCAAGUUCAACAAAAAAAAUGAGGAGGUACCAGGAUAUACUAAGAAAGUUGGAAAUGAGUGGAUGUAUUCAUCUGCUGCAGAACAACUUCUUGCAGAGUACAUAGAGAGAGCUCCAGAACUAUUUAGUUAUAUAGCCAAAAAUAGCCAAGAGGAUGUGUUCUAUGAAGAUGACAUUUGGCCUGGAGAAAAUGAGAAUGGUGCCGAGAAAGUUCAAGAAAUUAUUACUUGGCUAAAGGGACAUCCUGUCAGUACUUUGUCUCGUUCUUCAUGUGAUUUACAAAUUCUGGAUGCAGCUAUUGUUGAAAAAAUUGAGGAGGAAGUCGAAAAGUACAAGCAAAGAAAGAAUAAUAAGAAGGUACGAGUGACGGUAAAGCCCCAUUUGCUGUACAGGCCUUUAGAACAGCAACAUGGAGUCAUCCCUGAUCGGGAUGCAGAGUUUCAUCUCUUUGACCGGGUUGUGAAUGUGAGAGAGAACUUCUCGGUGCCCGUUGGCCUUCGGGGCACCAUCAUAGGAAUUAAAGGAGCUAAUAGAGAAGCUGAUGUCCUAUUUGAAGUAUUAUUUGAUGAAGAAUUUCCUGGAGGCUUAACAAUAAGGUGCUCACCUGGUAGGGGUUAUCGAUUGCCAACAAGUGCCUUGGUUAACCUUUCUCAUGGGAGUCGCUCUGAAACUGGAAAUCAGAAGUUGACAGCCAUUGUGAAACCACAACCAGUUGUGAAUCACUAUAACUCGAAUUCAUCAGUUUCAGCUGGACAUGUGGGAGGCCUGAACCAUUCCCCUCAAUCUCUUUUUGUUCCUACACAAGUACCUGCUAAAGAUGAUGAUGAAUUUUGCAACAUUUGGCAGUCCUUACAGGGGUCUGGAAAGGUUCAGCACUUUCAGUCAACUCCACUAGAGAAGGGUGCAGUUCUACCUCAAGAAAUAAGUCAAGUAACUCAACAUCAUAAAUCUGGCUUAAAUGACAACAGUGUUAAAUGUCAGCAAAGAAAACAUGAGCCUCACAGAAAAUUUAAAGAAGAUUGUAAGAGCCCUAAAACUGAGAGUUGGUCACAAAAAUUGUCAAAUAACCAGACAUUUGGACGGACUGACAAAUGUAAUACUAAGCUACUGAAGAGAAAUGAAAGUAUGGAAGUCUCAGAAUAUCAAAAGGUUAGGGCCGGUUAUCCAAAUGCUGUUGACAAGCCUAACACUGGAUUUGAGAACUUUUUAGCAUCCUUGAGUAUCUCCAAAGAAAAUGAAGUACAAUCAUCUCAUCAUGAAGAACCUCCCAGUGAAGAACAUUUGUCACCACAGUCAUUUGCUAUGAAGGGCACGCGGAUGCUUAAAGAAAUUCUAAAAAUUGAUGGCUCUGACACUGUGGAUCAUAAGAACGAAUUGAAGCAGUUUGGUAAUGAAGUCACUGUUUCCUCUAAUAGAAGAGAUGAAUAUGGACCUUCCUCACAGCCUAAACAAAAUAAGAAAUUAACAUCUUAUAUGAACAAGCCUCACAGUGCUAGUGAGUACCAUCAUGUUCGGUCUGUAGACAGUGUGUGCUGGCCUGCUUCCAGCCAGAUCCCUCCUGUGUCUACACCAGUAACUGAACUCUCUAGAAUUUGUUCCCUUGUUGGAAUGCCACAACCAGAUUUCUCCUUCCUUAGAACACCACAGACAAUGAUAGUGUGCCAGGUAAAAUUCCCUAGUGGCUUACUGGUGCAUGGACCCCAGUGCCGAUCUGAAAAUGAAGCCAAAGAAAAAGCUGCACUCUUUGCUUUACAACAAUUGGGCUCCUUAGGAGUGAAUUUCUCUUUGCCUCCACCGAUAUUUGCAAAUUAUCCUCCUGCUGUACCACCUGGAACCAUUCCUCCAGUUUUUCCCCAACCUACUGCUAAUAUGAUGCCUUCAUCAUCUCAUCUCUUUGGCUCAAUGCCAUGGGGACCACCCGUGCCGGUUUCUGGAAAGCCCUUUCAUCAUACGUACUCCGGGCCCCUGCCCAUGUCUGGGGGAAUGACAGGUGGUGUGCACAAUCAGUUCAUACCUCUACAGGUUACUAAAAAGAGGGUUGCAAACAAAAAGAACUUUGAGAAUAAGGAGGCCCAGAGUUCUCAAGCCACCGCACUUCAGACGAGCCAGCCAGGGUCUUCCAGUGUCACCAAAGCGAUUCCGCAGGAGAGUCCCUCCGCUUCCGCUUCCGGCAAGUCCUCUGCGCUCACUCAGCCUGCACCCCCUGUGCACGAAGCCGCCCCCCAGGGCCCCAGCGCGCCGCCCCACAAGGCAGCAGCCAGCUCUUCCAGGAGGAAGGCAAGGAAACUGGCUGUCAAUUUUGGCGUUUCUAAACCUUCUGAAUAAACUUGGUACCUGGAAUUAAUUUCUUUCCACCCCCCUUUUUAUAACUCCAUGUCUGUGUCAUAAAAACAUUAGAAUGUGGUAUUUUAAAAUAAAAUGUUUCCAUUGAGAAUUUUUAAUUUUUAAGUUGUUGGGCACUUUUCAUGCUGUUUAAAAGACUAUAUAUCAAAUUGUGCAUCUUAAAUAUGUAGUUUGCUUUACGUUAAUUAUACCUCAAUAAAGCUAUUUUAAAAAAAAACUAAAUUAAACCUUGUGUUAAAAUAAUACUAGCAGACUAAGCAUUAAAAUGCACUACUCUUAAGUACGGGCCUCGUCAUCAGAAGCACCCUGAACUAUGAAUUAGACCUUACAUUGCAAUAAUGAACAUUUUUACGCUGUCAUUGAGGGAUAAUUAAGUGAAGCAUGAAAAUUGGGCCUCACUAUAAUUUACUGAAUGUGGUUUUAUUUUUCUUUUUAAUGAUAUAACAGAAUUGUCAGGAGAAUGGCUCUUAUUUAUAUUUUAACUGAUGUCCUGCUGUCUCUGAGGGUCCGACACCUGCUGUGAGACACUCGCACUUGUGGUGCUGCUGCCGGUUUUGCUUUAUUCUCAUUUGUACCAAAGCAACUUCAGAUGCCGAUCAGAAUAUUUCCUUUAACUACUUAGAACUAUGAAUAGCAAUCUAGAUUUAAGCAACAAAUCACAAUUUUUUUAGGUUAUUCAAGAACCAGCAUUGGUAAUUUCUAAUAAAAUUAAGUUUCAAGAUUUACAGAGUACAGUGAUUACAAAUUAAUCUUCCAGUAGAGUAAAGUAGAAAAUAUCAAUCAUGUUAAUUAAAAUAAAUUGUGUUAUUCUUUUGUAGAGCUCACUUAAACAUAGAUGAGAGCUCCAUUGUUGGUCCGUCCACGUGUAGUUCUUCUCGGGACUGAUAGAAUUCUAAUUUUUUUUAAAUCCGAGGUGUGCUGUGUGUUACAAGCACAAUCACUUUGUGGUGUACUUUGUUUCCAUGGAAACCCUCUCAUUUUGUUUCCAUACUUCUAGCUUUACACUGAGCUGGCCAGCGACUGGCACUUUGUCUUUGCAUGUCACGUGGGGUGUGCUGUUCAAGCUGUGGCUCUGGAAAUUAUUUUAGAAUUUUGAAAAUUGAUCAGUGAUCUAGAGCCUGAAUUUUAUAUAUAUAUUUAUCCUUUAGUUUUAAGGAAGUGAGUUAUCGUACUUUUUUAAAAGUUGGAACCACAAUUUUCAUACGGCGCUGCUGCUUGUAUCUCGUCUCGUCGAGUGCAUCGGAAGCCCUGCCGUCCGUCUCCGUCUGUUCUGGAGACGCUGGUCUUGCACUAAGUGGGUUCCUGUAACUGCUGAUUUCAGAAUCCUCCGAAUGUUAAUAGGCUGUUUGUAUAUUAGUGGUGCCUUUAGUAUAAGAGAUAAAUGUUCAUUAUCUGUCAUUUGUUGCAGUCAUGAGAGUUUCUGUGAUUUUAUUUUCUGUUUCCUAGAUUCACAUGUUCAUCAGUUUCCAGCAGUUCCUUGCUGGGGAUAUUUCUUUAUCUCUGGUGGGAUCUUGAGUAAUUCUCAGCGUUUGUCCUAUCGCCUCACAAACUCUCUAUUUGUUUUCAAAGGAAAUACCUAUUAUGGAAAUAUAAUACAAACGUUGAAUUGUGACAGUAUGUUCUGUUUAAAGUGUAUAAUAUUUUUCACACACUGUAGCAUCAAGAAUUGCCUCACUCAUUACUUCCGUGCGACCAUUCCAUAAACAGGGUACAGUCCACGUCUUGUCUUCAGAUCACAGAGGAGGGAAUGCACACGUGAAAACCCCCACAAGAAUCUCCGUGAGCACGGUGCCCCGACCGCGAGGGUGGCUCCCCAGUAUGUGAGGAGAGGAAGCUGGCAGUUCUAUCCGGGUGGGCAGUCAAUGUGUGUUCUCUUCAUCCCUUCUUCUCUUUUCUUAAAACGUAUUAUUCUAAAGGUCCAGAUUAAAAAAAGAUUAAAGUGGAAGGGAGCUCUGUAAUGACCAGGUGGUGGUCAGGCAUUCAUCUGCGACAUCCAUAGGAGAUGUGCCCUCCCUGUGGGGACAGAGGCUGUUUGUCUUGUGAUAACCUUGAAGAGACUGGGUCCAUUGAUAGUUUGGGAAACUUACAAUUUUUUGUUCUGGGAGGGGGCCUACUCAGCCACCCCAGAGUUCAGUUCUGUGUCUGUUCAGCUCCUGACUCUGCUUGGACUUCCUGCGAGAACGGGGUGGUGCAGGCGCCGGGAGCAGAGUGACCCGCGUUUGCACAGAACGGGAGCAGUCAGAUCUGAAUGUUCCUGUUCAGUAAUGUUUUAUUUUCUUUUUGAGUGGAUUAAGUAAAUUUUGAAAAUUGAUUCUUCCAGUUUUCUUGUCUCUUCACAAUUUCCUUCAUACCUGGUCAUUACCUGAGUUUUAUAAUUUGGCAGAUAGAAUGUAUUAAUUGAUUUAAACAUUGUAUAGACCAAAGUUUUAAACAUCUGAUGAGACUCAGCUGCAUAAAAAAUUAAUUUCACCUCUAUGUGUGUAUGUACCUUGGUUUCAGUUUAAGAACUUUUUUUUUUUGCCUUUUAGAGGGAUAGUUUUUCUAGAACUAAAAAGAAUUAGAGAUGUUUUUUCCCCUAUUGAGGGGAGGGACGAAAACCUCUGUGCGGGUUUUUUGCUUAUUUCCUUUUCUCUGAUCAGGUAUUUGCUUUGGUUUUACUGAUAUUUCCAAACUUCUCUUGGUUUUAAGAGGAGGCAGAGAGAAGGUGGUUGGAAGAGGGAAACCAGUUAAAUCAGACAUACCCAGUCACUGCAUUUUCAGACUAUAAUAUUAUCUUUCUUGAUCAGGAAAUAGAUAUGCUUCAGGGUCUGUUUCAUUCACUUUUAAAUCAUCUGUUUUAUUUGUAUUAGUAAACCCUACACUUGCAUAGUGAGUGUCCAGUUUUACCUUAAGAUAGAGCUCCUUGUAGGCCGACCCUGCUUCAUCCCAUUGUUCAGAGCGAUUUUAAAACAACUGUGAUCAGUACCCUAGCUUUUUGAGCUUGCUGUGUUUCUCAGUACCAUCUUUCUUCCAAAUUGUGUUUACUGUAGAGCAGAAUUAAUUUAUUUGAGAGAAACUACUGUGACAGGCAUUCUCUACCUUUAAAACAUGAAUCACGGAAAUUCCCUUCUCAUCUUCUAGAGAUCGUGAUAGGCUCAGACUGGCCGUGCUCUUCAUGUGCAUGUCUUAAGCUUUGUCAGUGAAACAGCUCCCUUUCUUAAUCAGGAUAAAGCUCAGAGUUCUAGAUAAGAACACUGUGAGGUCUGACAAAUAUGAACCGGGUCUGGUUCACAUGUGGAAACAGCCAACAGCUUGGACAUCACAGAUGUGACAGAGUGCACAGUCGUUUCAGUAGUUACGCAUGUCCACAGUCAGAACUGAGCAUGUGUGAUGUCAGUGUGAUGGAGACUGGGGUUUUCAGGAGAUGGCGUUUUACAUCACUAAACCUAUAAAAAUUCAUUUUCCAACAGUACAUCCAUUGCUACUGAUUAUUUCAGCAACUGGUAUACUAUUAAAUUGCCCAGGCCAAAUAAUUAAGUUUCUGUAGAUGUUUUAGUAAUUUGAAGCCAAAAUCUUAUACCAUUUUCAAUGAAAUACUAGGAGUAAGAAUUUGGUCCGUAGUUUGCUUUCAGUUCUUUUGUUUCUUCCCCUUAGAAUAUUUGGGGGGUUUUGUUUUGGUUUGUUGUUGUUGGUUUUUUUUGCCUCUUGUUUCUUACAUUUUCUUUUGCCUGCACCCAGUUGCUUCUUCUAGUCUCAUAUUUUUUAUGAUAUAGGAGUAGUAGUGUGCUGUGUCAUCAAGGUGUUCGACACUUUGUUCAUUUAAACAAUAUAAUUAAGUGUAAUUCAUACAUAGAUACUUAAUUCCUUUUUUUCUCACAUAACUAUUUUAUAAGUAACUAGAAUUUUUCAUUAGAUCUUAUACAGAGCAGUAUUUUAUUAA